UUGUGCGCCAAGCCAGCCAGUGUUGUACUUGAGCCGAAAGUUAGCAAGCCAACCGUCACUCCACAAGGAUACGGAUCUCAUAAGCUGAAAAGUCUCGAAAGCUUUACUUGAGCAACAAAAAAAAAGGAGUUUAAAGGAGUAGCGGAGGAGCCCAUCGCGAUCGCGCGCCAGUCCGGGACUUUUUCCGGGGUAGCGCCGUCGAGACAAGAAGCAACGAGCAAAUCGGAAGGAAGGGAGUAUAUAAUACAUACACUCGCACGGCAGGAGCGCUUGCGCCACGCGAGACCGACGGACCGGCGGCCGAGGCGGCUCCAUAGAGCGGUACGCGCGCGCACAACCACCCACGAAAGCCGGAGGCGCGCACACCCACCCACACACACACAGAGAGAGAGAGACGAGCGGAGCGUUCGGCGAGGGGGUACACGUGUGUGAGACAAGUCAUCGUACACACACGAAUAGGACAGGAGAGACGAGCACACACGGGUGGUUGUUGCCUGUGUGCCCGACCGAGGGAGAAAGCGAGGGAGCGAGACAAAGAGAGAGCCGGACGCUCAGGGGGGUGCGGCUGUAACCAUGGAUCCCAGUGUACUCGCCAACAUGGACAAGGACGCACUGAGGAGGCAGAUCGAGAACAUGAAGUACCAGGCCAACAUGGAGCGAUGGCCACUGUCAAAGAGCAUCGCGGCAAUGCGCGAGUACGUUGAGGAAAACGAGAAGCAGGACCCACUGAUCCAUGCGCCCGACAAGAAAAACAACCCCUGGGCCGAAAAGGGCAAGUGCAUAAUCAUGUAAUGCGCCCGAAAAGCCCGAGAGCAGCAGCAGCAGCAGCAGCAGCAGAAGUACUUCUAUUACAGUCAUCGAGACCAACAGGAGCCGCGCGGGAGAAAAUGCAACGAGAGGGCAAAGAAAAAGUACGGCGGAGGAGCGAGGGAGAGGAAAAAGGGGGGUCGAAGCAGAGGGAAAUAAUUGACGAACGCGUGUGCUCAUGGAACUGAGGGAGAAAGGGAGCCAAUGUUGAAAAAUUGAAGAAGGAAAAAACGCAUGCAAACGAAAUGUCCGCUGAUGCAAAGGCGAACGCGCGAGCAAGUGAGAGUAUAAAAGGGGCGAAAAAAAUCACCGAGUGUGUCGCAAAGCGAACUUAAAAAACUCUCUGACUUUUAUUAAAUUUGAUAUUAAAAUAAAAAUAAAAAAAAUUAAAAAAAAAAAAAGAUACGAAACGCAUUCGUGGAGAAUCAAAAUAAAUAAAAUAAUCGUGCGCCAAAGGAUACGUGAAUGAUGUGACGAUGGACGUCUUUCGGAGUCACGUUGAGUCGCAGCCACCACAGCCACCGACACUAUAGCGUCAUUUUCACGAUGGACAAAAGCGACGUUUAAAGUGUGUAUCAAAACUGAAUUCGUUUUGUUUUUUUUUUUUCCAAGUUACUUGAUACGAUAUCGUUGUGUAAAACGAGACCUAAACAAUUUUAUUGAAUAAAUAAAUACAAACUGCGGGUAUCACGUUAAUAUACAUAUUAUAUAUGAAUACAGC